AUUUACACGCAGUUUGCUCAGCCAUUUUAUUUUUUCCCUUCCCCCGACUAUGUAGCAAAUAUUUAAAAGAAAAGAAAGAGAAAAAUCAGACAUCCUUUUGCCUGUUUUGAUGCUCAUGAACCAUAAUUUUUAGAAGCAAGAAAUAGAAGGAAAAAAAAAAAAAACCGAAGUUUUCUCCCCAAGGACCGAGACCAUUCCACAAACUGAAGUGCUGCCAGCAGCAUAUGCUUUUUGCAAGAAUAAUUGAAACCAUUAACUGGAGAGCACAGAAUUCUUUUGAAAGUCUGCCAGUUAUUUGCAAGUAACUUUGGCAGUGGCACAAAAUAUAACACUUGUAUUUUAACUUCUACAAUUGCACUUUUAGGAGCUGGCCUCUAAUUUGAUUUUCAGUUGUUCUGAUAAGAUUUCUAUUUUAUGAUUGGCUUUAUGUUUAAUUCUUGUUUAAAGAAACACGAUUUGACUUAAAUGAAAACCUAAGUGCUGAUGAAUAGGAGUUCUACCAAAGCAACAAGUUAGUUAUUUCUUCACAUUUAACUUGAAUUCACUUUUUUACCCUUUUUUUAAAAAAAAAAAGAAGAAAAAGAAGAUCAGCAGUAAAUACUACCCUGAGGAAGGGUGCGAUUGCUUGCAUUUUAAUUUUUGUUUUUUAAUAUGGCUGUAAACGUUUCCCUGGUUCGUGAUACAAAAUGGCUGACGUUAGAAGUGUGUCGAGAGUUUCAGAGAGGGACUUGUUCUCGGUCUGAUGCAGAGUGCAAGUUCGCCCAUCCGUCACGGAGUUGCCAUGUGGAAAAUGGUCGAGUUAUUGCCUGCUUUGACUCCCUAAAGGGCCGGUGUACCCGAGAGAACUGCAAAUAUCUCCACCCUCCCCCACAUUUAAAAACACAACUUGAAAUAAAUGGACGCAACAACCUGAUCCAGCAGAAGACGGCCGCAGCCAUGUUUGCUCAGCAGAUGCAGUUCAUGCUACCGGGCGCGCAGCUACAGCCAAUUACAACGUUUCCUGUGACUCCAUCGCUUGCAACAAGCCCCACAAUGGCUUUUAGUCCCUACCUGAGUCAUGUUUCUCCUGGGAUGGGCUUAGUUCCUGCAGAGCUUUUACCAAAUACUCCUGUCCUGGUUUCUGGAAAUCCUACUGUUACAGUACCGGGAGGCUCUGCUGGGCAGAAACUGAUGCGUACGGAUAAACUGGAGGUUUGUCGAGAGUUUCAGCGUGGAAAUUGCACACGUGGUGAGAAUGAUUGCCGCUAUGCUCACCCUAUAGAUAUUGCAAUGAUAGACACAAAUGAAAAUACUGUUACAGUUUGCAUGGAUUACAUCAAAGGUCGAUGCUCUAGGGAGAAAUGCAAGUACUUUCAUCCCCCUGCACACCUGCAAGCCAAAAUCAAGGCAGCUCAACACCAGGUGAACCAGACAGCUGCAGCUGCAAUGGCCCUGCCGCCUGGUGCACUUCAACCUUUACCAAAGAGGCCAGCACUUGAAAAAAACAAUGGUGCCACCACAGUCUUUAACCCAAGCGUUUUCCACUACCAACAGGCUCUAGCCAACAUGCAGUUGCAACAGCCUACAUUCAUCCCUACAGGGUCAGUUCUGUGCAUGACACCCACUGCAAGCGUUGUGCCCAUGAUGCACGGUGCUACGCCCACCACUGUGUCUGCAGCAACAACUCCUGCCACCAGCGUCCCCUUCGCUGCAACAGCUACCGCCAAUCAGAUAUCCCAGUUAUCAGUAGAUGACCUGAGUAGCAGCAUGUUUGUUUCACAGAUGUAGAAGUUCCCAAUAGAACACAGACCAUGUUGAAAUUCUGAACAGUAAAAUUAUGGAGCACCAGGACUUCUUGGUGGGAAGCUGCGCAUGGCCUUUCUGUAUAUAUUCCUCUCUUCCCUCUAUCAUUCUCUACCACCUCUACAGUAAGCCUGUUGCAGCCUACAUGUUAACCAAAAACUGAUCAAUGGGAAUGUCAAAAAAAAAAAAAAAGAAAAAAAAAAAGCACUAUAGAAACAAUUAACAAACAGCGCUCUGUUAUAUGAGAUAUACAAGUAGGAAAUUAUAAUAGACUUUUAUAACACAUUACUUUAACACACUUAAUCAUUUUAUGACUACCAUCAUGAUAAGUGCAUAUGCACAGCGGACUGUUGGUUUACUGUAUACUAUCGAUGGAUAAAUGUUUGUCUUGUUUUUAAAGUGUUAUCUUACUGUUUUGUUUACAUCAUAGUCUAUUGAUUUGUUUUAAAGUGUACAUCAUUAUCAAGUAUACUCAAUACCAUUUUUUCAUUAUUGUUAUGUCUUAAGUUUUCAUAUACUGUAGGUUUUAUGGGGUUUUGUUUGUUUUUUACUAAAAAUGUUAUUGUGGGAAACAGGAAUUAUGUGCUUGAAAAACACGACACAGAAUGUUCUGCCCUUUGCUGGAUUUUGCUGUUAAUGUCAGCUUAAGUUGCUUAUGUUAAAUGCUCCUUUUAUCAUUUAAAACUUGCCUUCAGAUAGUCUCCAAAUUUUUAGUACAUGUGAUGUGAAAGGACAGCUGUCAUUUUAGUCCAGUUCAGGGUUCUUCUUUCAAUACAAUGAGCUGAUUCUGGAAACUUUUGGAAAAAAAACCACAAAAGCCCAGGCUCAGUAAGGGGACAGGAACAAUUUGCUCAGAGAGGAGUAAGCAUCAAGGGAUUUCUGCAGCUCUGUUGUCCAUUGAAGUGCAUUCUCAGCUGCAAACGGCGCACAAUCUCUCUCGCUGUUCUCAUGGUGCAGUUGAAACAAACAACAAAAAAAAUGGUGGUGGAGUGAGACAGCUUCAGUUGGGCAAAAAGCUCAUUGCAUUGGAGAGGAGCAGGUGCCAGCCGUUGGCUGGGGAGGGCCCCGGGGCCAUGGCUCAGCCCAGGCUGGGUAGCACUGAGCCUUGGGGCUUGUCUCCACCAAGCAUGCUGAAACAUUUUGGCCUAAAAUUUUAUAUUAUGUGUCUCUUGUUGAAAUUUUGUCAGCAUGCCCCAUUUAUUUAAUCACUGUUUUCCAUAAGUGGGUGAUUAUUUCCCCCCCACCUCCGCCCUGUGAUCUGUGGCCCUUUAAAGCAAACACAGCAGUAACAAAGCAGCAAAAAGUUCAGCAUAAGCUUGCUGCUGAAGAUAAACAUUUGUCUUAAUGGAGUUCCUGUCGGUCAGUGGAUUUAUUUUGGCACCUUCUACUUGAUCAAGAGCAAUGUUUGUUGCACAACAAGGGCUAGUUCUCAAUACCUCCUUCUCAUACGCACGAAUAAAACCAUUUCAGCCCGUGCACCCUGGACAGCCCCGCCUGUCGUUAUGCUGCAUUGCUGAACAAUCUGGCUGCAGAAAUGCAUUUUGGUUGAGGAUACUGCCUAAUUCGUCCCUACCACAGCUCUACAGUAUCAUUGGCAUUAUGGAAGAGGUGGAUUUGCUGCUGUAAAUCCACAAACUCCAUACAAGGAGAAAGAGAAUCAAGCAAGAGGCCAGCUCACAGUGUCUGGAGGGGCGACCACCCCGAGCUCAGAGUGGUCCUGUAGAGUGCCAAAUUCAGACAACCAGAUUUUCUUCUCUUUUCCCAGUUCCUUGGCCUUGGUUAGAUAUUCUUUGCCCCCUCUCCUGCAGUAUGAGCACAGGCAGUUUGCUAGAUGUGUAUCUCCAUGGGCCAUGAAUGAUGGUGGCACACCCAGGGCGCAGCCUGUGCACUCCGGGGCAGGCUCUGACCAUCUGCCCGUGGAGACUCACUCAUAGCAUGAACCUUUGAGGAGCCCAGCUCAAGAAGGCCUUGAGGAAUCUUUUUGUUCAAUUCAGCAGACUUUGAACCAAAGUCUGCUGAACCCCCAAAGUCAGACUUUGAACCCCCUGAUAGAAAGGGGAAAACAACAUCCCCCCCAAGACCUCCUUUAUGGACCCUGAGUUUUGACAGUCGCUUGUGUCCAUGGAUGUUCCCCAGCCAUCUGUGCUCACAAGCAGUGCGGUGGCCUGAAAUCAGUGACUCUGAUUUGUAUUGGCGACCACAUACCUGUUCUUUUCACCACUGUGUUUCUGUUUCCCGAAACCAUAACAUUGUUAGUGGAAAAAGUGGAUUUGAGUACUUCCUGUUUGAAAUUAUUUGUGUAUCAAAAAUGGGUUUUGCACAACCUGUGCCAGUGCCUCAACAAAGAACAGAGCUGAUCUUCUUAAGCCAGAAAGGAUGCAUUCAAGCUUGUAUGGCUUUAUGAGUUCAAGGAGGUUGAAAUUUUUUCAGUGCUAAAUGGAUUUUUGUAUAUCUUGAAACUUUGAUGUAACCUCCUAUUUUAUUUAUCGACUUAAACAUCUGGCAUAGAUGUGCAUAGAAUGUAAACCUAGAAUACAGCUGUUUUCAUGUCACAUUUAAAGCACUGAAAAAAAAAAGGCGUUUAAGGAUUAUUUUUUAUUAAAGAGGUCCAAUGAGGGAUGUUCAGGGUAGUUAUAUUAGGUGCCACAACAGUUUUUAUAUUGCUGGCAAAUUUAGAGUUAAUUUGUAAAUGAGUUUAAGGAAAGAAAAGCUUGAAGCACUAAACUUCACCAAAUUCAAAACAAUCUCGGCAAAAAUGCCAUUUUGAGGUAGCACUAUUUAAACUAGUUGUGCAAUGACUUGCUCUAAUUUUCUUUGUUCAAGAAAGAAAAGAAAAAGAAACCAGUCGCCAGACUAUAAAUUUCCUAAAUAGACUAUUACAAAGUCACCGAGCUAGUUAGUGACUCUAAACAAAUGUCAUAAAAGCAUGAAUAUCAUCCUUUAUUUGACAAGAGAUGUAUGUAAGUUUGUUUAAAUCAAUAUAAUUUUAGUGACAUUUUUAUAAGCUUCCCACUUUCCAUGAACCUAUAUUUUUUAUUUAUCCAAAGUUAUUUCUCUUUGUCCAUUUCUCUCAGCCUUAUGCAAACAAUAUGCAAGAAAUGCUGAAACUUGGAUAAAACGGGUCAUGCAGAGGGAAAAUGAAAGCUGAGAUUGAUCAUUUUCACGAAAAAAGGUUGUUAGUAGUUUCAAUAAAAAGUACUACUACUAAACUGUAACAUAAGCAGACAAUAAAAGAGGGAUUUAAAAUAAAAUGGAUUCAUAAAACUAUUAAGAUUAUUUUUGUUAAAUACAGUGUUUUUAGUAAUUUGGAACAUGAUUUCACAAUCAGCCGUGUUUUUUAGUUGGGAAUUUUUAGCUGAUGAUUUUUGACUGUGUAUUUUUGCAUCGCAACGUUCUAGAAGCCGUUCCCUCCCCGGGCAGCCCGCGCGGGUUCCCGACGCGCUUCUCCUCCAGCCGCCGCCCCGCUCCGCGCUCGGGCGCUCCCCAAGGGCGGCACGGCCGGGCCGGGGUCCCGCUGCUCCUCCCGCUGUCCCCUGGAGCGGGGACCCCGCGGAGCUGGCACCGGGGCCGGGCGCGCCUUGGUGGCACAGGUGGCCGGAGCGGGACGCGCGUGUGCCGGCGAGGUCGCCCGGCCCGGCUCGGGCUGGCGCUGGCGCGGUAGGAGUAGCUCUAGGACACGCCGGGUACACAACGAUUGAGAAACUGGAGUCCUCGUUUUGUUUAUCCCUUGUACAUUUCACAGACAUGCAAAUUGAAAAAGGUGAAAUUUAUGAGGAAAAUCUAAUUUCCCAUUCCUGUUGAAUGGAUUUAGUUUGAUAUUGACCUGAUUUUACCAUGUGCCUGUUGAAGGCCUUAGAGUAUAUACUGUAUGUUAAAGACUGUAAUAACUUUAAAAAAAAAAAUAGUUGAUAGCCUAAUCCAAAUGUAAAUAGAGCUACAACUCAUUGUUACUAGGCUACAACGCAUUAAUUCAUGUCAUAUAUUUUCAUUUCUCUACCAUUAGUUUUUAAGGUUUUCAUUAUUGCUUUUUUUGAUAUCUUUAGUAACUAAUGAAUUUAAUUUUGAAGGAGAGUUAGAGAAAGUUUAAAAUUUUUAAUACAUGUAUUCAGCCCAUUUAGUUAUAUUCUAAACCAACACUGAAGCAUGGUAAGGUAUAGAAUACAGUCCAUAACUAGUUUGUAUAGUUUACAGUUUAAGAACAAAAUUAACUUUGUAUGUAACUCCUACAAUGAUAGAUUCAUUGUUAACUAAUUAUAUUAAGUUGUUGUUGCUAUGGCAACAAAACUACAACAUGGCUACCUUUGUAUACAUUAUUUGUGAAAUUUUCACAUGUAAAUUAAAAGUGAUGUGUAACAGUAUGAGCUUGUUAAAGGUACAGUUCGAUACUGUCAGAUAAAGAUAUGAUUGAAUAUUUUUAAAAUCCCAAAGUCCCAUGUGAACGCUGAAUUUGUGUCUUUAAGGUCACUUUUUCAGUCAAGAAGUUUACAACACAUGGAUUUAGAGUCAGGUUUUAUAGCUUGUAGAAAUUGUUGUGUGGCAAGGGUUAUUCCACAGUAUUUUCACUUCGGAAACACAGCAGCCUGUAUUUACAACAUAGUGACCGGUCUUGCUUUCAUUUCACAUCCAUUCACAAGGUGGGAAUUCAGAAGUAAUCAGUUUCAGUACUGUAGUUUUGCCUGCAAUUUUCUUUUCUCCAGAAAUUGGACACUCACACAAUUACGUUAUGAUCAGGGCUAAAUAAUUAAGCAUAUAACUAUUUUAAUACUAAUUUAUAUUAGCAAAAACUGUACAUAAGAAAAAAAAAUAUUGUGGAAUGACCCCGUAACAGUGUUGAAGAUACAAAUAUGCUGCAGUUAAACUGAUUCAGUUAGUGUACGAAUGUGUGAGACACACCUUUUUUGCACUUAUGUACAUAGUCCACGAAAGAAAUCCUUGGAACUUAUUUUGAAUAUAAAAAGUCUGUAAUAAUACAGGAAAAGUUUGUAAAAGAGAUAGGUAUUACUAAGGCUUUGAAAAGGAGGAGUUUUUUGCUAUAAAACUUAUCUGAAAGCAUGAUGUUGCUUUGCUGUUGUAAAAGCUUUGUAGUUUGCCAUAGCUUAUUAUACAGCAGACUGAUAACAGGUCAGCUCCAACCUGCAGCGCAGAGAAUGGGAAACGGUGUGGAAUUAAUUAGUAAGGUCACUAGCAAAGAUUCAAAUUACUUUUUUUAAUCAGCCUACAUUUUCAAAUACACCCCAGGUCAUGUUUCUGAUAGGUUGUGUUCUCGGUGAAUCCUGUUAGGACUGGUAGGUCCAUGGCAGCACACACACAUUUUUCCUAGCACCUAAUCCUAUUUCUGUCUGAAGUGUUUCUCUGUGGGAGGUGACUGUCAUUGUGGCGAGUGUUUUAAAUCCCAGAGUGAAUUUGAAAUGUCACAACUGCUUGAUUUUAUUUUUUUUUUUUAACCUUUUAGAGUAAGGUAACAAAAUGGAAGGAGCUGGUGAGCCAUAAAUGGACAGGGAUGGGUUGGAAUUAUCUGGGACCAGUUCUUUCUGCUGUGUGACAGCCGUGGUGUUAUUUGAGAGGCACUUGGUAGUGCUGCUGGGACAGGGAGGUGGAGGCUGGUGGCACUGUGGCUGGCUGGGUGCUCCAGACUGGGACUAACAAGCCCCUUUGAGUUGCCACCAAAGGAGAGCAAAGCUGUGGCCCCUCAGUGAGCAGCUUCUUGUUCCUGUUUGUGUUGGUACUGCUGGGACUCUGCAGUGCUGGGGGAUUUUGGAGCAGCUGAAGUGCCUGUGUUGACCCAUUUAUUUUUGAUUGGAACAAGUUUCGCUUCUUGUUAGAUUUUUUUAAGGGUUUUUGGGGUUUUUUUUUGGGUUUUUUUUGUUUUUUUUUUUUUACCCAAGCCCCAGUUGUGCUUAAGAAAAGUAACUGGUUUUGCCAUGAGUCUGGUCUGGUCCUGACUUGAGCAGUGAGGCAAGUCCCUCAGAGCAGAACUGGUGGGAGGUGGCAUCCGAUGUGACUGUCACCCUUUUGCUGGAUGCCCCAGGGUUGGGGGCUGAGCUGUUGCUGCCAAGCCCAAGAGCUGUUCCUUGGCCAGCAUUCCUGACCCCUGGUGAUGCCAGGGUGUGCCCAGCCAGCCCACCCUGCACCACGGGGCUGUGCAAGUGGUGGUUUGCUGAAUUGGAGCAGCCCCAGGGUCUUUAAAAUGAGGAAAAAUCAGAUGUUGCUUCUCUCCAUGGUGUUAUAUAAUAACCUAGAUUUUAAUACUAAAUAAUCAGCUAGUUCAAGGCACCACACGAUUAUGGCUUCCCUUUGCCAUCAUCAGUUUCUAUAAUCAAGUUCUUUCUCAUUUCUAGGAUUAUGAGAGAAAAAUAUUUUGCACUAUGUGAAAUGAAUCAUAGCUGGUCAAACUUUGUCGGGGUACAAGCAUGAUCGUGACAACACUGCUAAAAUCUUUGCUAGUGAUCUUUACUGACAUCCUCUAUCAUCAAAAAUAACUCUAUAUGCCUCUCAAAGGAGAUAUUUAAACAUGCAAAAUAACACAACUGUUAAAUAAAAUGAAGUUAUUUUUCCAAACACACAACAGAGAGAAUUACCUGACACCGAAUUACAAGGUUCCAGUUCUUUAUUACUGUACACAGAUGCUAUUUGAUAGUGGUGGAAGCCAAAUGAUUUUGUUGCCAUGGCUUUUGUAUCCUAGCAGAUGAGGGGAUGAUAAGACCAUUCUUAGAUUGGAUUAUGGGAUUUUUUUUUUCUUUCCAAUUAGCUUUGUUUUCAUUUUUUUUUUAAGAUCAUGAAAAUGAACUGACUCCUCACCCUUUAUUACAUCACCUGACAAAAGAUCACUAUUUUUUUUUAUAAAUAGAGAAUUGUAUUUUAGGCAAUCACUAAAAUCAAAGAAAGAAUGUUCUCCUAAAUUGUCAAAUUUUAAUUUAAAUAUAUAAAAACAUUUAUACUGUACUGUGUAAAGUAGAUCUUUGAAGCACAUUCUUCUUUUCAUAGGCGUUUCUGGUAAAACAAAGUAAGGGAAACAUUAGAUAUCAUUUUAAUGGAAUAGUUUAGAAAAUAUAUACAAAUGAUUACACUUAGCCCUGUGGAAUUGUAAGAAAUUAAAAUAUCAUUGGAUCCAGACAGGCGUAGGUUAAUGCAGUAUUUCAGUUCCAUAACAGGAUAGUUCAUUCCCUCAACUGCUACCAACAGGGUGUACGCUUUGAAUUUAUGUUUCUUUUUGCCACAUUAUAUUGCUGUAGUGCUUGUACGUGCUUUAGAAAUGUGCAUAAUGCUACUCAUUUUAGUAUGUUACUUCUAUAUUGUUAUUGUUUAUUUUUUGAUCUUUUAAUAAAGUAUAUAAAAUUCUUGGUUAUGUUUUUUAUGGAUCCAUAUCUACACAUUAAUAGGAGUUUACUUUAAAAACUUUUCAAGUUCCAGUUUAUUAGUCCCAAACUUCAAAGAUUCUGAUGUAAAAAUAAUAACUAAUGAAUUUGAAUCAAUGUUAUAUCUGAAGUGUAGAUCAACAGAAUAAAUUUCUUUCCAGAAAAUACCUUCAGUAUUUUGAAUUCUGUAGCCAGUGCCUCCUUUUUACUGGAUGCAUUUGGCCUAUCAUAUUAAAGUUACUAACACAAGACAGACAUUUGUAUUUUAGAAAAAUAAAAAGUAAAACUUUC